UUGUGAGAGUCAAGUUGAGUCGAGUCGAGAGGGUCGAGAGAGGGACGAGUAGUCCGCGGGGGAAUUAGUGGCCGCGCGCGCGGCGGUCAGUCGCUGACAGCUCAGGAUCGUUCUGAUCCAGUGUCCAGUCCUGAUCUGAUCACUCAAGAGUGCGUAGUACGGUCGAUCCGAAGGAGAGAAGUCCGAGCGCGACGACGCGCGUUUUCGCAAAAUGGCAGAACGAAGCCGCGCGAGUUGUCUCGCGCUCCUUUACUUGGCUUGCCUAGUCGCGCAGGCUGCGCGGGCGAACCCGGUGAACAUCCCCCUGAACCGCGUGUCCUCGCAGCUGCAGGAGAAGGCGUGGAGGGCUCUGAACGAUCACUCACCGACGCAUCACCUCUACGCGCACGGCAAUCUGAUAAACGCGCAGGAAUUGGAGGAGCCACCCUUCAAAGUGUACAAGUUUACAUAUGACUUGAGUCCAAUAUGCGGCACUGAGUCUUGUCCUAGAGAGGCCUGUACUAUUGACCUGAAGCAAGACGAGCACGGCGACAUAGAAACGCUGAAUGAUUCCAUUCAGUGCAUGUACUUCUAUCCAGCCGACGCACAAAAUGACAUGUCACAAGAACAGCAGAAUUAUCAGGAGCAAGAGGAUUCUCAAGUUACUCAGGAAAAUCUGGCCGAACAGGUGAACAACAAUCGGAGUGUGGAAUUGGAUCAUGAAAUUCAAGAGACCGGUGAUGAGAACGUCAGGCCAUUUAUCGCCAUGCGAGCCUCUGGCAAUUAUUGUCCGGGUUGUCCAUACGAGUUAAAUCCAAAUCUGCCGGGUCUUCUUACCUUUGGCGAGCAAGCGUUGAAAUCGAUGGACGAGCAGACCACGAGCGAUUACAAGCACAAGUUGAUGAGCAUUGUUAGGGUCACUCGCUCGGUACCGGUUUCAUCUAACGUGAUAGAGUAUCAGUUGUUGCUGCUGAUAGGCGAAUCCGAAUGCCUGAAGAACGCUCUCGAGCAGGAACAGGAAUGUUCAUUGCGAACAACCGUUCCUACCAGGUUGUGCUUGGUCACGUUCGAGCAACGACCGUGGCAGCAAACGUCCCUCAGGAUCACUAAGAACAACUGUACGGAUCCCGAAAACGUGUCCAGCGCAAACGGCCAACCGCAGAGAUCGAUUUUGGAGAGCGAAUCUUUGGUGACGAUCAAAUAUGACGAGGGACAAUCGAAAAUCGGCACCGAGAUGGCUGACGUCUAUGAGAGCUUGAAGGAAAUGCUGGACAAUUAUACCCACGCGCCUUCGACGCCCUCGAAGGAGCCCGAGGAAACCGAGGUAACAGAACCCGCUGUCACAAAGGUGGUGUUGAACAAGAGUCAAAACGACGAAAAGAUCUUGGGCUUUACAGACAAAGCAAAAGAGUUCAGAGAGUUCUUGGAGGACUUUGAUCUUAAGGUGGAAGAUGCUACACCUAAUACAAGUGGAACUAUGAAAGAAGUCAUAGAAGAGAAAUUUCAACGAAAGAAGGUCAUAGAGGAUAAGGCAAACCUCGAAAAGGCGACUGAUAGAGGAAAUGUUAAUAACAGGAGGAAACGGUCGCAGCGCGUCGGUGCUCCCACGACAACGUCCAUAAACGAUCCCGAGAUUCAAACCUAUGCUAAUAAAGCGCUGCACAAAUUUUCUGCGGAAUCAAACAGUUCGAACGAGCCUCUAAUAGUAGAAAUCACCGAGGCAACCGUUCAAGUGGUUGCCGGUAAACUUUAUAAGAUCAAAGUUAAACUAGGCACCAGUAAUUGUCCAAAAGGCACCAAGGACAACUGCCAGUUGCAGGCAGGAAGCGAGGUGAAGGAGUGUCUGGUAACGGUGUGGUCACGACCAUGGAUCGAUCAAGGUUCACCCGAAAUAACGGUGGAGUGUCCCUCAUCGGAAAGCAACCGAAGGAAGCGAUCCCUGCGCGGCGUUGAUUACAACAGGAAGAUGCUGCAGAUCGCCGAGGACGUGAGAACCGAACGGCUGUUCGACGAUUUCGUAGCGACCUAUAAUCGAACGUACUCCUCGCCGGACGAAAGGAAUCUGCGACUUCAGAUAUUCCGUGAGAAUCUCGGGAUCAUAGAGUUGCUGCAGAAGACCGAGCAGGCAACUGGCCGCUACGGCGUGAACAUGUUCGCUGACAUGUCGCGCGAGGAGUUCCGUACGCGUUAUCUUGGCCUGCGACCGGACCUGCAGUCGGAGAACGAAAUCCCUCUGCAAGAGGCCAAGUUUCCGAAUAUCGAGCUACCGCCCACCUUUGACUGGCGAAAGAAGGGUGUCGUAACGCCCGUGAAGAAUCAAGGCGGAUGCGGUUCGUGCUGGGCUUUCUCAGUGACGGGCAACGUCGAGGGUCAAUACGCGAUCAAGCACGGUCAACUGCUGUCUCUGUCCGAACAGGAGCUGGUGGACUGCGACGAUCUCGACGACGGCUGCGGCGGAGGAUUACCAGACAAUGCGUACAGAGCCAUUGAGAAGCUGGGUGGUCUCGAGCUGGAGUCGGACUAUCCAUACGAGGCGGAGAACGAGAAGUGUCACUUUAAGAAGAAUUUGGUCAAGGUAGAGCUGACCUCCGCUGUCAACGUUACGUCGGAUGAGACGCAAAUGGCGCAGUGGCUGGUGCAAAACGGUCCAAUCUCCAUCGGCAUUAACGCUAAUGCUAUGCAGUUUUACAUGGGCGGCGUCUCGCAUCCUUUCAAAUUUCUGUGUAAUCCCAAAAAUCUGGACCACGGUGUGUUGAUCGUCGGAUAUGGCACAAGCAAUUAUCCGCUUUUCCACAAAAAACUACCGUAUUGGAUCAUAAAGAACAGUUGGGGAAAAUCCUGGGGUGAACAAGGAUACUAUAGAGUCUACCGCGGGGAUGGUACUUGUGGACUUAACACGAUGGCCUCGAGCGCCGUGGUUCUUUAAUACUGACUACGUAAAUAAGUUUUUCAUAAUUAACUUAUACUCGUUCCAAACGAAGUUAUAUAUUAUAUAGAUAUAUACAUAGAAUAUCAUUUUCUACUAAUUAAUGUCGAUUUUAAAACUGAAUCCAUACGCUUGCCAAAUAUUUGACGAAUGCAACUUGACCCCAUUGUCAAUCUACACUAUGUAUUAUAGUAUCCAUUCAAUAUGAUAAUUGGCUUAAUUGCGCGAGUAUCUGACAAGCGUAUGAAUCGUCUGGAGCCAGUUAAACAUAUGUUGUGCGAUUUGAGCUAGGUUUGUUCUCCGCAUAUUUAUAUUGGGAUAAAAACGAUGUAAUUCGUUUACGACAAUCUCAUUCGUUCGUUAAAAAAGUCCAAAGCUAAAUUAUAUAGUUCACUAAUCUUUUGCAAACCUCUUUAUAAAAUAAUAUAGAUAAUAUAUAAAUAUUUAAAGUGUGUUAAAAUAUGCAAUAAUGUUAAAAUUAUAGUAAAGAUGUUAAAUGUUUUAAUUAAUUUCGUUAAAUUUUAAUUGCGUGUAUAAAAAUCAGUAAGUAAAAAAUGAAAAUGUAAUCUUUCCUCUCCCCGAAACAUUUCUAUAUUUUACAGUUUUUAAGUUUGUUAUAGAUUGUUGGUAUUUUUUAAAAGUUUUACAACUUUUUAACUUUGCGUAGGCCUUGGAAAACAGUUUUAUAUAUGCAAUGUAUUAACUUAAGAAACGAAAGAAAUCAUUUAUAAGAAAGUAAGCGAAACAAAGAAAUAAGUAGGGAUUUGAUUUUUAUUGAACGCAAUAAAGGUAACUGUGCGAAACUAUGUCAAUUUAAUAUACCUGAAAUCUUUUCUGAAGUAAAUAUAUUUGAAAUCUAAA